GACAGCCGGCUCAUCUUUUGUAAACGUCUUUUCGUGCCAGCGACUUUGCAUUUAUUUAUAUUUCUAUAGUUAUUUCUAGUUAAGUCUAUUAAUAUUUUUAAUAAUGUCGAAUAUUGUGCAAUAUAUAAUUGUGCGAAGUGAUUUGCGCUCUAGCUUGGGGUGGCCAUUGGGUGCAGUAAUAGCGCAAUGCUGCCACGCGACAGCGGCCAUAACGCAUUUGUAUGCCGAUGAUGAGGAAACCAUUGCUUAUUUAAAAGAUUUGGAUAAUAUGCAUAAAGUGGUAUUAGAGGCUAAAGAUGAAGCAACGCUAGUGAAGGUAGCAGAAAAACUGAAAACUAAUGAAAUUAAACAUAAAUUAUGGAUUGAACAGCCAGAAAAUAUUCCUACGUGUAUAGCAAUAAAACCAUAUGUUAAAGAUAAUGUGCACAAAUUUGUUAAAAAUCUAAAAUUGCUGAAAGAAUAAAAGUGUAAAAAGUAAUCCAAAAGUGAUAUCGUGAAAAUCUGCUUAUUGUAAUCAGUCUAUUCGCGGUAUCUAAAAAAUAGUGUUGUUUUCGGUUCGUCAGUUAAAACUUAUUUAUGCUUAGAUUAAUUUCUGGUCCGUCGGACCACCUAAUAACCUAAUAUUUGAUGAAAUGAAAUCAAUGCGACCACUUAGGGUUUUGUUAUAUAUAAUUAUUUAUUAUUCGUAUAUUAAAAAUAUUAAUUACAUUUAUAAAAGUGUUCGAAACAAUUUAAAACUACAUACAUAUAUGCAAAUCGACUUUAAUACAAAAUAUUUACGUAUAUAAAUAUGAAUCUAUUAUAAGUGUGUAUAAGUAGCUGCUUUAACAUUAAGGUUAAUAAUCCAUUCUCAUUUUGGUAUGCAAAAUGAUAAAUAUUUUUUAUAGUUAUAAAUUUCUUCGUAUUUUCUUAGAUAUUCGCUAUAUUCGUAAAUUCUUUUUGUUUUCGUUUGUUAUUGGUGGUAAUUCUGUAUAUAUUAUACAUAGUUGAAUAAAUAGCACCCGUUUUCGGAGUGAUUUGGUUCUUACAAUAAUUAUUUAAUACAACUAUUACUACUUGUGUUAAUUCGUUACGGCACUUGUUUUUACUCUAAACAUAAAGCACAUUUCUUAUAAAUAUUAAUGUGUUCAAUUAAAUUAAAUUUAAAAUGUAAUUAACUGUCAUCAGUAUAAAUAUAAUAAACUAACAUUUAAAUAUGUUUAUGAGUGUAGUUGCUCGGUAGUAAUUUUAGAGAUUCGGCUCGACAACAUUUACUUGCACUGCACUUUUGUUAACAUUUACAACGAAGUUUCUAUAACGUUCUUAAUAAUGUGAAAUUAGAAGCAAACUUCGGUAUAAUUUUUGUGCUCAUUAAUUUCGUGCAGGUCUCUGAAUCGCAUUCAAUUCCUCCUUCAACCACUGCUGCCAAUUUUCCUGUAAGAUUUUAUAAAAUUUCAAUUAGUUUUUGAUUUUAAUUAUAAAUUAUGUGUUUGAAAAAAAAAGAAACAAAAAUAAAAACACGAAAUUGAAUUAAAAUAACGGGUAAUAAAUAACAAAUCCAACGAAAAGCAAAUUAAAAGCGAAAUAAAAUUAAAAGCUAAUAAAAUAAAUAUUAAAUAUAAUAAUAAUAACCGAAAUAAAUUCAAAAAUUAAAAUCCAAUAUUUCUUUAAUUUGUAAUUACGUUUUUCAAAGUGAGGAGAAUCCGCAGCCAAACAUAAUUGAUUUGUAAGCCGUGGUUCACAACUCUUAAGCCAUAACCCAAUAAAAUACUGUUAUUUAUAUUAA